ACGUACGUCCAUUUUCGAGGCUGGAUCCAACAACUGGCUAAGGGCAACCCUAGGUUGAUGGUCGCAACCGACUGAGUAAUUUCUGGACGCCCACUCAAGCCCCUAAAAAGGGAAUCAAAGAACCUGUCGGCGACGAUGGCCACGAUUUGCUCAUCCGAGCGGGCUUUGUCCGCCAAGCACAAUCGGGCAUCUUUCACCUCCUACCCCUGGGUUUGCGAGUACUAGACAAAGUUGAACGCCUCAUCGAUAAGCACAUGCAAAGCGUUGGCGCGUCAAAGGUGUCUCUUUCAUCUCUCUCUUCCACCGAGCUUUGGGAGAAGUCAGGUCGACUCGAUGGCCGAAACAAGGAACUCUUCCAGCUGGAAGAUAGGAAAGAAGCCAAGUUUUUGUUGGCUCCCACUCACGAAGAGGAAAUCACGACAAUAGUCAAGAAUGCUGUGCACUCGUACAAGGAUCUGCCUCUUCGACUGUACCAAGUAACGAGAAAGUAUCGGGAUGAAGUCAGGCCGCGACAAGGACUUCUUCGUGGGCGAGAAUUUGUGAUGAAAGAUCUAUAUACCUUUGAUUUGACUUCAAAACAAGCCAUGGAGACAUAUAGCGCUGUCUCUGGAGCAUACAAAGCAUGUCUGGAUGAACUCAAGUUGCCGUACCUUGUAGCUACAGCAGACUCCGGAAACAUGGGUGGGACGCACAGCCACGAGUAUCAUUUCGCAUCAGCUAAAGGGGAAGAUACGAUCGUUACGUGUGAGAGCUGCGAUCUGUCCAUGAAUGAGGAAGUAUGCUUUGGGAAGUAUCGGCCACACGAACUCGAUGGGAGCUCUUACACGUUAUGGAGCGGACGAACGACGGAAGUACGAGAUGGCCGGACUCGGACAGCCAGCCUUGUAAACAUCUAUCUACCGCACGGAGACCACGAGGUCAACAUCCACGCGCUGAGAAAGUCCGUGCCAAGCCUCGACCCGGCUCCCUACAGUUUGCACGAUUGGUAUGACGAAUGCAAAGAGCUCCUCAAUACAGAAGGACUCCACGUUCCGUCCGUAAUCAGCAUACGAGAUCCUCGCGUUCAAUCAGAAGAUUCCACAGUCAGGAGUUCGAGAGUCCAGACAGCACCAUUCCUUCUCACCAAAAUACGACAAGGCGAUCCAUGUCCCAGCUGCGACACAGGAUCCGUACAUCUCCAACAAGCAGUCGAGGUUGGACAUACUUUCCACCUCGGAACACGAUAUAGCAGGGCCCUCGAAGCCGCAGUGCAAGCGGAGGACAAUUCACAAGUUGACAUUGAAAUGGGCUGUCAUGGCAUCGGAGUCUCGCGUCUGAUCGGAGCUGUGGCAUCACUCCUCGCAGACCAAAAUGGUCUUAACUGGCCUCUUGCGAUCGCGCCUUACAGUAUACUACUUGUUGGAGCUGGUCGAUCCUCUGCAGAAGACGUCCAAGGCUUAUACGAUACGCUAAUGACCAGUCUCCUACAGCAAUUCCUUUCUGGUCCCAGGACGAGAAGUAUCGCGCCAGAUGCGAUCAUCGAUGAUCGAGACCGGUCAUUCGGGUGGAAGCUCAAUGAUGCAGAUCUCAUCGGUUACCCUUUCGUGGUGGUGUUGGGAAAGGCAUGGAAUCAAACAGAAAAGGCAGUGGAGUUGCAGUGUCGACGGCUCGGUGUGAAAGAGACGGUACCUGUCACAGAAUUGGCCCAGAGAAUUACUCAGUAUAGCGCAAAACUAUGAGGAGGGUAGGUAGGUAGGUAGGUGGAUACCUUAUGAGCGCGUGUUGGGAAUGUCGCCCUGUAGAAUACUUGCAACCAAGAAUACCAGCCGGAACA